AUGACGGCGUUCAAAUUAAAACGAGUAUUUCUAUUCCAGAGUGUGCAUCAACUCGCUGGAAUGAUGCUUCCAGUUGUACAGAGAACACAUGUGCUUCUUGCCAGCUUCUUUCUGAUGAUUGCCACUAAUUUUCCCUUACAAGCAGGAGGCUCUUCAAAAGACAUCAUCGGUAAGUUUUAUCCCUUGAUUGUAAAAAAAUCUAGGCGGAAGCUGGUAAAAAUUAUCUGUUCUGUUCAAUUAGCCAUCAAAAAAAUGUGAAAGCUUCUAUGUAGUGUAGGGGCAGAAUUAUGAACGUCUUGAGGAACUGCUCUUCUUUUGUUUUCCGUUUAUAACCUAUUUUUCGGUGAUACAGAGAAUCGAAGUGUAAGGUAAAUAUGUGCGUACAAAGGCUUCUGGGAUAGAAUAAAAGAUGGCGUUCUUUGCAGAACACGUGUAGUAGUUUGAUUCACAAACAACACAACAUGGUGGCAGCAGUGGGAUCUUUUCAAUCAGGUUUAAACUGAAGGAAAAUUAGAAAAAACGGAAAUAUGGGAGACCUUGUACCAGGCGAAGCUGGAAAUCAAGCUGUUCAACAGCCCGUAAUUGAUGAGCCGAACGAAGAUGUCGUUUACCCAGCACGGCUUGCACAACAACAAGCCGUCAUGCUUGCACAGCCUACGGUCCAACAGAUCGCUGAGGCAAAUUAUCCAGUUCCACCGUCGGAAAAAUUCAGUUUUAAACCCGACGAGUGUUUCGAACGAUUUCGAAAGGCGAAUGGCCUCGACCAAAAGGACGGUGAAAGCCAAGUAAACACUUUAAUUUACUCGAUGGGAGAAGAAGCUGAUGACAUUAUUGGCACAUAUGGGGUAACCGCCGAGUAAGCAAAGUUGUAUGACGUCGUGAAAAGCAAGUUUGAAGCUCAUUUUGUUGUUAAGAGAAAAGUAAUAUUUGAAAGAGCCAAAUUUAACUCGAGAAGUCAACAGGAUAGUGAGUCCGUGAUUAACUUCAUAACAGGUUUAUAUUGUCUACCUGAAUAAUGUGAAUUUGGAACAUUUAGAGAUGAUCUAAUCCGGGACAAAAUCGUUGUAGGUUUAAAAGACAAAAAGCUCUCUGAACAGCUGCAACUUGAUCCCAAACUGACUUUAGAGAAGGCAGUUAUAAAGGCUAGGCAGUCUGAGACACUGAAGAAACAACAAACUUCCCUACAGGAAAACAAGUCUGAACAACCACCAGUUGACCGCUUUUCUAAUGGAGCGGGAAAAGAUGCUAAAACUAAACCAAAAGAUCCAAAGAAGCCCCCUAAGCCUAGCAAAGGGACAGAGAAGAAUCCUGAAACACAGUGUUCAAGGUGCCUGAGUCCACCACACCCAAAGAGACGAUGUCCAGCCAGAGAAUCUAAAUGUAUCAAGUUCUCCAAAGUAGGACAUUGGGCAAAGGCUGGCAAAUCUCGAUCUGACAAGAGAGUAAAUGAAGUCCCCUUACCAUUGUAUCAGAAGACAAAAGAAGAAUCGGAUAGAAUGUUGGAAUCAAGCGUCAUAUCCAACGUUGACGAGCCCACGGAUUGAUGUGCUCCCAUGGUGGUUGCCCCAAAAAGCAAUGGCAAAGUCAGGGUCUGCGUGGACCUUAGCAAGCUAAACGAGUACGUCAAAAGAGAGAACGACCCACUUCCAGCAGUAGACACAACUCUGGGAAGAUUGGCAGGUUGUAAAGUCUUCUCAAAACUUGAUGCAAACCCAGAAUUUUGGCCGAUAAAGCUUGCAUGGGAAUCAAGACAGCCGACCACAUUCAUCACUCCAUGGGGCCGAUUCUCCUUCAAUGUUCUUACCUCUGGUACCAACUCUGGUUCUGAGAAAUUCCAGAAGAACAUGAAUCAGAUUCUUCAGGGAUUAGAGGGCGUAGAGUGCAACACAAGUGACGUUUUAGUUCACGGAAGAAACCGAGAGGAACAUGAAGAAAGACUUGAAACACUAAUUAAGUGUCUGGUCGAGGCCGGCGUGACACUCAACCUUGACAAGUGCAAGUUUAGCACAGACAAAAUUAAGUUCCUCGGACAGUCAUUAGCUCCCGCGGAAUUGAGGUGGAUCCUGACAAGUUGCAUGCAGUCGCAGCUCUCCCGCCACCUCAAAACGUGCAAGAAGUGAUAACAUUUCUGGCCAUGGUCCUGAAAAGACGGGGAACUCCUUUGCAAGGGAAUCAGUGGACAUGAGGAACUGAGCAUGAGAAAACGUUUGAGUAAAUCAAAGCUGACCCCACACGAGUUCCAUUACUGGAGCUUUAUGAUCCUGACAAGGACACCAAGAUAGCAGCUGAUGCCUUAUCCUAUGGUCUAGGCGGAGUAGUUCUUCAACUCUGAUAACUCCUGUCAACCAGUCUCCUUCAUGUCGAGAGCGAUGACUCCCACCGAGACUGGAUAUAAGCGGAUAGAAAAGGAGGGGAGUACAUCAAUCUCUGUGGACACUGACCAUAAACUCCUCGUACCACCUCUGAGAACGCACACACUGGAUCAACUCCUACCGAGGACCCAGCGAUUCAGAAUGCGACUGAUGGGAUUCCACUUUCAAGAGAUCAAGCACGUUUCCGGAAAAAAUAGAUGUACAUAGCCGAUGCACUUUCAAGGUUUCAGGCCAGAAACAAAACAGCUCAGUCUGCAAAGCUACGUGAAAGAGAGAGCAUGAGCAAGCAUAAGUAGCAAACAUUGUUAAAUAGCAGGCACAAGGCAAUACUUUUACCUCCGAUUGGACCAGGUACGAAAGUCUUUGUGAAGGACCUUCAGCGUUCAGAAAAAGUAAUCGAAGCAGCAGCAACAAUCUGGUCAUAUGAAGUUGAGACACCAACCAGCACGAUUAGAAGAAACCGCGUUCACCUAACCCCACUGCCAGAUCAGCGGGAAAAUCAACAACUAGAAACAAGUUCCAGCAGAGAGCCAAGCUGCAACACCUAUUCGGAAGGACGUGUUUCUAAAAGAGACUUUCGAGUACCCCUGUAACACCUAAUACUGCUACUAGGCCUAAGCGAGUUAUAAGAACAUCGCUCAAAGUCGGAGAACAUCUAGGUUUAGCAUUAUAAGACGCUGUGUUAAGAGAUCUGAUUUAGGCUGUGUCCAUGACUUAUCAGGCUUUGUGAUGUUGUGUUAGCUUACAUGAAAUAUGUAGGUACAGAGGAUUCUGGGAUAGAAUAAAAGAUGGCGUUCUCUGCAGAACACGUGUAGUAGUUUGACCCACAAACAACACAACAUAAGGGACUGUCAAACAAUUAUUAUGUACGUCAUAAAGGAGGAAAUAAAAGAUACGAUAGUACUAGGAGUCUUUAGCUCUUUAAGAAAUUAUUUGUCAUGGGGGAUUUCACUGAAUUUUGUUCUUUCCUUACAGACCAGUUAAAUUUGUUCGCUACGAUUUGUCACAGAAAUAUUGUAAUGAAAAUAUUUAAAGGGUUGUGAAUGUAUUUUUUAUGAGGAAUUUCAACCUCAACGCUCUAAUAUUAUUAUGAACAAAAGUAAUUUUCUGAGUUUGUUUUGUCUAUCACUACACUCACCGACGUAAUGUAUGGAAUUUAUUUUGUUUAACGCCCUCGAGGCAAUGUUAGUUUUAGGUAUUAACGGGUUUUAUAUCGCAUCGUGAGUCGAUAUGUAAUUGCGUGAAUUUGAAAUCUGAAUGACACAUCUCGAAUGUAAAUUAUUGAAAAUUAUCCUGGUGUUAACAAUUCAAUGAACGGUUGGAAGUCUACCAUAAUUUUUCCAGUGACGAGCUCUUCAACAUUUCGAGAGAUUUGAAUUAUUUUGAAAGAUUCUCUUUUCGACUAUAAUUCCAAAGAGACUAGCUUUGGUAGUUUACCGUGAGGUGGGCCAACCACGCAGUCAAUCAGUUUCGUAUUGUAUAUUCCCGACUGCGGUGCCGUAUAUUUGCUUUACAAGUAAACAUGAGAUAUCGUGACUCUUUUAGUUUUGUUAUUUUUCUGUCUUGCCUAACUGAUAUCCCACGAUGAUAGAUCUUCCAUGGUACCUUACACUCCACAAAUUUAUUUACAACUGGUGUUACUGAAGCCACACCUUAUUUUAUAGCUUAUUUUAUAACUCAGUUUUUAGUCUAUAUUCGUAUUUUUUUAAAUUAUGGUAAUAGCCCACACAGGUUUUCCUCACCAAUCAAUAGGGUUAUGUUAUUUUGGUAUUAUCCUUCACCAGGGAGCUGCACGUUUGAUGAGAGCACAUUUUGCAGCUGGUCCAAUGAAAGAUACACCGAUCAUUUCGAUUGGGUUCUUGGACAAGAAAGUUCUCCAGACAGUGACACUGGACCAAUCACUGACUACGCAGGUACAUUACGUGUUUAAUAUUUCUACGCAACGUACCCUUUGAAAUGAGGUACCGACUAGAAAACUUUAUAUCCUGAUGAAUUAAGACCAUACUUGUAUGUUAAUGAUUCGCACAGUUAGCUAACAAAAUUAUGCCAUUUUGAUUUGAAAAGCUGAAUUGUAUACGCAGUUUGAUUGGAUCUUACUCAUGAUCUAUUAACAGCUUUUAACUUUUUCUAUCAAACGAAACAAAUAGAUUCCAUGUUGCCGUGCGUCUCGCUACAAAUAAAUACAUCGCAGACGACAUCAAAAUAUGGCGGGAAUAACAAUGACACGCACAGCUACACCCGGGUCCCCCCUUUUCCAAUUUUUGUUACACAGAAUAUUCACACGGUUGUAAGGUUUUCCACGUGUAUUUUUCACUGAUGAAACAUAGCAUUACAAUCUUUUAUUUUUCACAUGGAUCGACUCACAUGCACAUAAUUUUUUUGCAUACGUCAUAUGACGUCUACCAGGAUAUCUUGUCCGCCGGUUAUAAAUACUAUUUCGGCUAUUAACAUAAUUUCCUCCAGGAAACGACAGAAUUUCACCACUUAACAUUUAAACCGCAUUUUGACGUGUUCUAUUAUUGGGCAUAUAUCUGUUAAACUGAUAGGGGAUGUAUUAAACGCUUCCUCAGAAAAUGGCUCGUAUAUCUACAUUCAAACGUUAUCUCGAAAGUACAACGAGAAGGCCAGAUUGAAAAGCCCGUGGAUGUGGGGUCCACUGUUGAUGACGUUUUUCUACUCAAUGUACGGCAGUACCAUUGAGACUCUCUCUGUAUAUGUUAAAGUCAAUGGCAGUGAAUCCAGGAUAUGGAGUCGUCAUGGGAACCGCUCUUCACGCCAUUGGAUCGAAGGCUGCGUGGCUAUUAAUUACGAAGGGACUUAUCAGGUAGUUCAACAAGCCAAGGCAGACCGAUGCAUGACAACACCUGUGUGUUUGUGUGCAUAAGACGUUUUUUCCUUAAGGAAACAUUAAUAUUAAAAUUUUGUGAAAAUGGACCGAGUGCUUUUUAUUCUUCAUCGGAGAAGACCAGAAGAUUUUCCAGUCAAAUGCGUGUACAAUUAAGUUGCAUAAGGAUCCAUAAUUCGUGACUGGACCCUCACCAUGCCUUCCUAUUUUCUCAUAGGUGGUAAUAGAGGGCAUUGCAGGUGUGACUUCUGCAUCAAGUAUUGCAGUUGAUGAACUUAAUUUCAGUGAGAACCUAACUUGCGUUUCAGAUGGUGACAUUACUCCAUCUGAACUCUUUAAAGGUAAUACUGCCCUUGUGUUACUAAAAAAAAGAAAUUUGGCUUGAAUUGUAUUAAUUAGGUUUCUUUUCGUUUGCAUCGAGAAUACUCGUGUCGCUUCCUGAUGAGUCAAAUAGAUAUCUCAAGGCAAAAACUUCAGGGAAGAAAACGUUUCUUCACCUACAACCUCAAAAUAAAAUGAAAACCUUUGCUUUACUGUAUGAGGAAACGUAAGUUGUUCUUAAUAACAACUGAAGUAAAUACGAUGUAAAUUAAUCGAAAAAUUGUCUUCCGAAACCGCAUUUCAUCGCCAUUUUUUGAUGCAAUUUCAGUGAACUGUACCUUUAAGGAGAGUUUUUGUGGAUGGCGAAAUCUAUUUGCACCUUCGGAUCAAAUCGACUGGAGGAGAGGAUCAGAAAACUCAAGUGGACAAAUUGAAGCGAGCGGUAAUCUCACUGGCAAGUAAAAUAUGCCACCACCAUUGAAUUUUUGUGUCCCCCACCUUACAAAACAUGCCCAACUUUACGGGCAUUGACGGCUUCACCACCCACGAUCAUUCAACUAUUGCUAAUAUAUUUACCUAUGAUGAAACGGUUAUUCCUUAAUGAAAAGGACAAAAUCCAUCAACUUAAUUUAGAAUUAUCAUUGUCACCAGACGUAUUUUGAUUCAUUGUCGAAGAAAGUUAGCGUCUUUUACCGUUUAUUAUUCAUCUAUUCAUUUGUAAUUCUAUGCUUAUGCCUUUCUUUUCAGUAUCAAGAGGAAGAAAAUACAUUUAUAUCGAAUCACAUCCUGACAAAGUAUAUCAAACCGCUCAGUUAUCGAGUCCAUUUCUUCGGGGACCAAAAUGUUUCCGCUUUUCUUAUCACUUGUCCGGACGUGAUGUGGGAAGGCUGGAUGUCUUACUUCAACUUCGAGGGCGACAAGGAGAUUACUUGAUGUGGAAUAAGUCAGGAGAUCAGGGAAGUCAGCGGAUAAUGGCUAGCGUCGAUAUCGGUUAUACUGACGAUUGUCAGGUAUACACACAUUCUAAAGGCAGAAAACAAUGAGAUGAUAUUUAAUCUUCUUUAUAUAACUCUGGCGUUUUCUAUGAUCCCGAGAAUUGAAAUAUGAAUAGAUUUAUCUGUCACUGUAGUAUAAAAUAGUAAGGAGUAGUGCUCCUAGUCCUGUGUCCACCUUGCCCACUGAUAACCUUUUCAAGCAAUUAGAUUAGACUGCACUGUCCCAACAUAAGUAAAUAAAUAAGAUAUAAUUUCAAUGAUAAUUCUUAUCACAGAUUGUCCUGCAAGCAACAGUUGGCAAAAACUACACAAGUCAUAUAGCAGUCUAUGACGUCAACUUAGUUGAUGGACUAUGUCAUGACGAGAGGGAACUUAGCACCAACGUACAAGGUUCUUGUCAUGCUUCUGUUCAAAGUAUUACAGAACCAUACAUGAUUCUCUCGCGUUUAUUUCUUGAUGGUCUGUUAUAAAAUGUACAGUUUUCGAACUUUUGUUAUAAAUUUCUUAUUUGUCAACUUUAAAGAUAACGGCUAUCACAUCUUUUAUUUUUAGGGAAUUGUAACUUCGAUCGUAACUUGUGCUUUUGGAGGAAAGAUUUAAAUUUUAUCUUCGCAUGGGGAAGAAAAAAAGGCCGGACAAAAAGCUCUCAGACUGGACCUAGCAGGGACCAUACUUCAGGUAAAACGAAGUAAAUAAUACUUUUGAAGACUGGUAUUUCCGCAUGCGGGGUAAAUCACUUUAAGCAGAGAUGGAAGGUAUAAAACUUGAUCUAAGCGGUCAUAACAAAAUUGAUUUGCACCCUGCAUGCUCAAAAACGAAUGAAUGAAGAUUUAGCAACUGAAUCAGAAAAAUUAGAUUGUACUCGUAUUUGCUACUCUAAAUGAAGAAUUUGUGCUUGUAAUACUCGUUUUUCUAUCGAAAGGAUCUGGUUAUUACAUUUAUAUUGAAACAUUGGGACCGAGGAAGAUGGGAGACACUGCAAGGCUUACGAGUCCGUGGCUAAGAGGACCACAUUGCUUGAUAUUCUACUACCACAUGUAUGGCUCGUCCAUGGGAUGUGUUGUUGUGUACAUAAGAAGACAGGCUGCAGACAGAUUACAACCGCUUUGGCUGAGGUCCAAGAAGCAAGGAAAAAAAUGGAUUCAAGGGCAAGUUAGCAUAAACGAUACUUCAAGUUAUCAGGUGGGACGUCACUUUUUGAAUCAUAACCUCUGCCCAAGGUGGCUACAGUCAGAAUAGAUUUAUCGUUUCCACUAUAAAGAGAGUUCUCCUAUGACUUCUGCCAUUUUAAUUGCGCUGUUAAUUACAGCAGUCUUACCAAGUAUACGAUUUUCGUUGGAAUCUAAUAAUCAAGGUUCAGUGACAGGUUCAAAACUCAGGGAGAUUAAACGCUGGCUGCAAUAUCAUUCUCCAGAAAAAAAAAAUAGGACUUCUAAGAUUUACAACAAACGGGAGAACUUUGAUGUAUAAAAUAAGUUGUCUCUCACCUCGUUUACGUGAGAUCUCAUGAUAGCUUGGAAGUCUUCUUCUCUGUCAUUUUUAGAUAAUAAUUGAUGGUAUUAGAGGGGGAAGCGGUACUGGAGACGCAGCCCUGGACGACUUUACGUUUCAACACGGACAUUGUCACCAAUUAAGUACGGCAAUAUCAAUAUCUUCUUUCGAUUAUAUGGAAAUAAUUUGGGCACAUGAUAACGGUGUUUACUUCAUUUUCAAUCUAUGGAGCAGUACCUUAAUGUGGUUUUUUCAGUUUUGUGUUUAUUGACGUAACUGCUGGAAUUUGCUAAGUUAGUUUGAUCGUUUGAAACUUCGCUAAGAAUCGCUGUGAGGCAGACUUUGACAUAAAAAGCAUGAUCCAUGAUUCCAUUUGAAUUUACUAUUUUAGGUAAAGCAACGUUCUACGUGUCUUCCACCAUGGGGAAAGAUUUCAGAAUAUCGACAAGACCCUCUGAAGACAAUCGGUACUCGGACGAGUUCCGAUUCAGUAUCAAACAUCCCCAAGGAAAUCCGACAGAGAAGACUUUUUUCAUCUACCCUUAUGCAAAGGGACACAGCUUCGUUACCACAAAGCUAGAUAUUUUUAACUAUAAUAACUAUCCCUUGGAUGUUGCUGUCCUCAAUCACAAGGAUUUGUCACUGAAUUGCAGUAAGAUUUUUUUCAUCAGCAGAGAUAGGUUUGGGCCUAUGAUCACUCUUGAAGAUCCUAGUCUAAUGGAUGGUUGCAAAUGCGAGACGAAUUUCUUUUUUUAUGCCUGCAAUGUGGUUCAAUCAGGUGAGGAAGAGGAAAAGACUGUUUAAAUGAAGCCUGAAGAAUGUUUCUUUAGGCUACAUACUUUGAGGAAGCAAAGCGAGUUUUUCACGCCCGAUUUUUGUUUUUCGCGCCAUAGAAAAACGAGAGAGAAAGAGAGAUUGACAACUAGGUUGAGGUCCCUAUUCAAUUAAUAGGAAGUCAUCUACAUGAUUAUUUUCGAAUUUUCUCACUUAUUUUAAAACCAGAUUUUUGUAUUAAAAAAAAGAUCAUUCGUUGAAAGAUGGGAAUUGUGCGUAAACCAGGCAAGGUACAAACCAGAGUGAGUGCCAGUUGAAUGGAGAAAAAAUCCAUGAAAUGUUUUCUUUGCAGAAAGCCGUUCUAUUUCUGGAUGUGAACCUGGUUGGUACAAACUAGGAAAAGCAUGUUUCAUGUUCUAUUUCCAAUCAUCUAAGGCGUGGCGGAUUGCCCGGAACCUGUGUCACAAACAGAAGAGCGAAAUCGCUAUAGUCAAUAGUGCAGAGCAACUGGAGGCCCUUGCAGAUCAGCGGAAAAAUCUCAAGCGUGAAAACCGCGGUCUUACACUUGGACUUGAUAGCAACCUACGUUGGGUUUGGAUAGAUGGUGAGAAUGCAAAGAGUAAUGAAAAUCUAUGGGGGCCAAGGGAACCAAGCGGAGACGGUAAAUGUGGAGCUUUCUUAAAUGCAAUUGAAUGGAAUUCAAACUCGGCUGGGUACGGAUGGCGCUGGAAUGAUAUAUCCUGCACGAGCCGUCAAGGAUAUAUUUGUGAGGAACCAUUAGGUAUGUGAUUUAGUGGAUGGUGUAUAAAUCAAAUUAGUUUACCCCUCUCUUUCAACCGUUUACUAUGUUUGUUCUAUGUAAACUUCACUUGACUGGAGGAAAAAAAAACACUAGGUGUUUAUAGUUUUUUGAAAUUCCUUCGAACUACUUUUUUUCAAAAAGACUUCUCGCAAUAGACAAUUAUGUAGCAUAGAGAUUGUUUUCAUCUGUUCAUGAUCAUUUGAAAGUCGAUGGAAAAAUAUUGUUCACAUAUCACAAAUCUGUUUACUUUUUAAGACGUCCCCCUACCUGUGGCUCUCUUUUCUACCAGUCGCACCGAUGGAGUUGUUAACCUGAGUCCAAAUGGAACCACUAAAGCAGUGUCUGAUAACAUCACGCUUACAAGAGGUCCCUGGGGUAAUCCAGUUGGCUCCUUUCUCUUCAGUGGUUCGAAUAACAGCUACGUGGAAGUUGAAAAUGAGGGAGAACUUGAUACAACGUUUUCGAUGAGUGUUUUUGCAUGGGUCCACCCUGACGCUUCUGCCACUCGUGCUGGUCCGAUAUAUGAUAACGGUUGCUCGAUGUGGGUUUUUCCUUCAACUUGGGGACUUGAAACUCGUUAUAUGGUUAGGGAUCGUUCUAAGAUUCACCUAUUGCGUAAGGAUGGUGUUAUCAAAAUAAAUGAGUGGAAUUUUAUAGGGACCACAUACGACUAUCACACUGGCGUUGCGUCUGUGUGGGUGAAUGACAGCAUGGUUAUGAGCAAGUCUCUUGGAUCUAACGUGGAAUUGGCGACUCAAGGAAAUCUUACGAUAGGAGCGUCCAACAAUCGUGAGACACAAUUUUAUGGCAAAGUUUCCUGCUUGCAGUUCUACGCUCAAGCAUUGUCCGUGGAUCAAAUUAUGAAGAUAAAGACAAGAUGCAAUCAAACCAGUAAGCAUGUCUAAUAAAUGUCUGCUUGGACCUUGUUUUCUCAAAAAGGCAAAAUUUAUACCCAGUUACGUUGUUUCAAGAACCAGCCAAUUUUUAUUUUAAUUGACCCUAGUGUGUUUUCUUGUAUCAGUCUUCUCUUUACCGUGGAGUUGCGUUUUAGCCUCUACUGUUAUUUUAUUUCUUGUUUUGAUCUCUCUCUCCCUUUCCCGAUUUCUUUGAUUCGUCUAACCUGCCCUUGUAGGCAAUGCCUAAGAUUCAGCUGUAUAAAUUACAGACUCGACGUAAGCCAUUUAUUCUUGAAACGUUUACAAUUUUAAUUUGGAGACACCUCUUAAGGUGAUUCUGUAAUGUAUGGUCUUUUAUACAUAAUAGGAUAACACGUCACUCAACUCAACUCGUUAACCUGGUGCCCUUGGAAUAGUUUUUUUCUAAUUCAGGUCAGCCAGGAACUAUAUUAAGGUUAUUGACCUUGAAGAUUUAUUUUUACUCAAUACUUUUGCUUCUUUAGUAUUACCUUGGACCUCAUUAGAUUACAAAAAAGUAGGAUGCUAUCGUGACACAAGCAAUCGUGCAAUUCCAAAAUUAGAAGACACUGACCCUUUAUUGCUCAGUGCCUACCAGGACCGUGAAAAUCCGAUCGAAAAGUGCGCCCUCGCAGCUCACAAAAGGGGUUUUCGCAUGUUUGCACUUCAGCACUUCGAGGUGGGGAAGAUCUCUUUUGACGUCUGUGCAUUUUAUGGGUCAAUUUACAAUUAUGUAGUUUAGUAGUAAGGCCAAAUAAGAUUAUUGAAUUAUUGAUAUUAUCGUUGAUGACAAAAUUUCAAACAUUAACAAGCCACUUUCAUCGACUAAGUAGACCCAAUAUUGAAACUAAAAGCAGAGCAACGCGUGAUUGUCAUUCCUGAUAAUUGUGGCGUGUACUACAAUCAAAAACUAUAGAAUGGCUCUGUUGACAUGAUUUUUUGUUUCUUUUCCAUUAAGUUUCCCAAUCAUGGUGCCGUCCGGGCUUUUUUCCCCUUCAUGGUGGUUGCUAUUUUAUACGUCCCUCAAAGGAACUUAAUUGGCAACAGUCUUUGAGGGAGUGCAAUCGAAGCGGUGGAACCUUGGCCAAGAUAACUCGUGAAGGUUUGAGAUCCACUUUCUCCAAUUUGUUAGAAGAAAUAAGACGCUUCAAGCCAUAUUAUAAUAGUUUCUUCAUUGGCCUGUUGAGCAAGGACGAGUGGACAUGGAUUGACGGCAGCCCGUUACAUAGCUCGUUGUGGAAGCCAGGAUAUCCAAAAACAAUUAAAAAAACCCGUAGCUGUGGUUAUCUGGCUGGUGGCUCAUCGGGGAUAAGAAGUGGUGCAUGUACAUUGAAGAGAUACCCACUGUGUCAGAAAAAAGCUGGUGAGUUCCUUACGAAGGAAAAAUUUUGGUUUUUCAAACCUCUCGUACAAUCAUAAAAAUUGAGAAGGUUAUUUGCUAAAUAUAAUUGUGACAUUUUUACUAUAUUAUAGAAGAGUCGUUGUCAAACCGGAGUUUGAUAAGAUGUUCAAGUAUUUUGCAGCCAUUCCAACCUAUCCUGGCCAUAGAUGGAUCUUACUCUACUUGCUUUCGUUCUUUGAAGGUCAGUAACGACAUUGGUUGCUUAAUUCGCGUGCUAAAUCUGUUGUUGAGUUUUUCUGGAUCGAAACCAGCAGAAUUUCCUACCAUUUAGUGAAAAUAGAUGGACUAGAAAUGUCAUCUGUUCUGGCUUGAGCAAAAUAUUUCCCCCUAUGUUUUAUUCAUUGCUUUUUACGUUCUUGUCGGUUUAGGAAUCAAAUCCCUGGUGGCAAGCAACUUUUAACAAACUGCUGUAUGUCGUUUCUGUUUCUAUAACUGACAAAAUCGAUUGCUGUCCACGUGUCUCUGGAAUCAUCGAUGUUAGUGUGACAACCAGUCAAACUGGCUUGUCUCCAACAUGCUCCAAGUCGAUGGCAUACGAUGGAACAACACAUGAGUUCAUUUUUGAUUGCUCACCACCCGCACUUGGAAAUAAUGUGAAAAUAACGCUGACGGGUAAUAAUGUCACGUUAGUUCUCUGCCAUGUUGUCGUGGAAACAAUUGGUAAGUUAUUUAAAGAUUCCUUUAAUUUUUUUUUGGCCCACACGUUUUUGUUAGUGAGGGAAAGAAGAAGCUAAUCAAGCUUAUUUUACAUUCUUUGGUAUCAGCCUUCGCACUUAUAAUCUUUGAUAAAGAGGUGAGCCAACGUGAUGUAAGGGUAUUCCAUUCAGUAAUUUUACUUCGGCCUGUGUCAUUUAAAAAUGGGCGGGAGAUAUCUUUUUGGGGGGCUACUCUGCUUGUGAGAGUAAACAUAUUUGUUCAAUGUUUGACUUAAUAUAGAGUCGACCCGAGAGGUACACGGAGUUUUGCGUGAAGGAUGGUACAAUAAAUACGACUAUAACUCCAAAAAGACGUCAUCUAUGCGUGAAUAUCCUCUAAUUCAAGGUCCACCUGAAAGCCGGAUUAUUUUGCGAGAUUUUGAUGCGCCAAUAAAUUUGGCAGAAAACUAUGUUCAACGAUUGACAAGUUACCUACAGGUAAAAUCUCAUCAUAGCGAACGUAUUUUAGCACUCACCUGAGAUCGAUUGUUGGGCUUUUGUUGCGUUGUAAGGUGUACUUUUCCUUUCGAAAAGUAGGGAGUAUCUCAAUUGAAAGGUAGUAUCAAAGAAUCACCGUAAUCAUGCCUUUUUUAAAUGUUAAGAUUAAGUUUGUUGUCGGUGUCGCUGCUGUUUAUGUUGUUGGUGCUAUCACUUUUUUUUAUUAAAAGAAAAUAUUUGAUAGAAUUUGACCGAGCAGGCCAAUUGUGAAAUGCUGUUUCAGGUUUCUCUGAGCGGAAACCACACAUUUUAUGCGGCGUGCGACGAUAUGUGUGAGUUAUGGAAGUACGAUGUCACAGAGACAGGCAUCGGAAGAGUUAAAAUAGAAUCUGGGGAAAGUGCAACGAACCAACCAAUUAUUUAUGUUAAAAAAUGGACAGAAUAUCUUCGAUGGGACAAGUAAGUGAUGUGCAAGUAAUAAAUAACUAUGAUAAGUACUUUUUUCAUUAAUUAAAAUGAUUUUGGUGACAUUUUUAGUCGUCAUUAGAAUUGAUAUACUCUAAUUACUUUGUUAUUGAAGGUACCCAGAGCAAACAUCUCAGCCAAUCGUCCUUAGCAAGUGUCGCUUUUAUCGAAUGGUGAUCUUCGGUAGAGAAAAAGACGGCAAUGAUCACAUAUCUGUGGGCAUGCUUAACCCAAAUGGGGAAUAUGAACGGCCUAUUACUGGAGAAAGACUGUUUUGGACUAAACCAGGUAGGGACAUUCUGAUUCGUUUAUUUGGUUAAAGCAGAAAAAGGAAACGAAAAAGGAAACAAAGUUAGGGAGAAAAGCAUGAACAGAAAGUGCUUCACACUCAUAAAAAAGGAAGACAAACAAGCACACACAGAAACAAAAUAGACUGUUUAAUACAACGAUUUAUUUAUGUCUCUCUCACGGACCUAGACAUCUUUACUAUGAAACUGAAGCUCAUAACUUCUCCUGGGAGCUACUGGAAUUUCUUUUGUUCGGUGCCACUAUUAAACAAAGAAACAAAAGAAAAAAGACAUGUAUUAGGAGACAAACAUCUUUAUUUCCAAUACUUUUUUUAAUUGAGGUGUAAAAUUUUCUUUCUCUUCAAAGGGACGCGUAAUUUAGAAAUGUCAAUUAAGAAUCACAAGACAUCGAUAUCUGCCUUCGUUGGGUCAAAUUUACUCAUAACAGGUUGGUCUACUGGUAUUAUCCUACAUCUACGAGGAUUGUCUCACAUAUUGAAAUAUGGGGAACUGGGAAGAUUUGAGUGAUGAUGUCUGAAUCGAUCCCUCCAAAGGAAGCUGGAGCUCUUUCUCUUUUCUUUACAUAAAUUAUCAUCAUGUGAUUGAGAAAAAGUUCGUGGCCGGUACUAUGUGACGUUUCAGAAAUAUAUUAAUUAUAGAAUACCUCUCUUAACUGAGACGCAACACUGCGUCGAAAAAGCCUCGAACAACAUAUUUGGAGACAUUUGAUGAUUGCUAACUCGAAACGCGUGAUUAGGAUUAACUUUACGAGAGAAGGACGGUAGACUGUCUGUUUAAACUUGCGAGUAGAACUUUAAGCCCGACGAUCAACCACUUUGUACUCAUAUUUUGGGUUGUAAUUGAUGAAUCUAUUCUCAUAAGUUGCGGUUUCGCCAAGAAAAGUUGUAGACAAUAAAAUGGGUCCAUCAUACAACAUGUUUGGUCAAAUUAUAGGAUAUUACAAGUUUUGCUGUGAGGGAGUUUAUUGUCCUGACUGCCCAUUGGAACUGAACAUCUCAUGCCUUGGACAAAAUCUAAAAGUGAAUUCAGCAGUGAGCCUGUCCUGUGUUAACACAUCAUUUGAGGUAGUUUUUAACACGAUCCGUCAACCUGGAAAUUUUACUUUGAAGGUGAGUAGCUCUCAUUUAAGUAGUUAUCAUCAUUUAAGUGAUGAUUCCUACUACAUUUACGGCAAAAAAUUUACAAGACACCAUGCCAUGCUUAUUUAAAAAAAUUGGCAAUAAUAUGAAUCAUAAUGAAGCAAACUUUGAAAUUGUAGGGGUUCGUUUUUCAUCACUCUUUUGUUUUAGUUUUAUUCAUUUAUAUUUUCGUGUUUUGAUCACUGAAUUGGUCAUCGGUAUCAGUGGAAACACAUUGAUCUUAACUAUCUAAGAGUCUGUACGCUGUGAUUAUUUUCAGGUCAGCUAUUCAUUCGUGGAACAUCCAGAAGAAAUUCUCGAGGAGCGAGUCUUGGGACAAGUAGAUCUAAGAGGUAACUCCUUUUGCACUGACAUAAAGGAUUAAAAGAAUUACUGUGUAUGUGUGAAUCCGUAAAUGUUGCUCUUUAACCACUGCUAACGGAGAUUUACAUUUUGUGUUUCUUCAAAAGCGGUGGUGCUAGAAGAAUGCUACUUUGAGUCUGGAAAGUGCGACUGGACUAGCCCACAUGCAAAUUCCAAGUGGAAGCUCUUUCCUGGAGAAGAAGAGAAGGGCAGUACUGCGAGCAACAGUUAAGUUUUUUGCAAUUGACUUGCUUUUCUUGCUAACAAAAAAAACACCUUUGAAUAAGUUAUUACGCUACAAAACACUCGCUAAAGGAAAUAAUGUUUGAAUGAUGGGGCUGAAAUCAAAGAGGUCUGAAGGGAAUUGAUAAAGACUAUGAUGCCAAAUUCAGAAUCUUUUUGGUUAAACGUCGCUACUGAUAGAAAAAAGUACUAAAGAACAUUUUAUGCUAUAAAAUUUACUGUACACAUUUUUAUCUUAGAUAAUUUUGUCUACAUUAAUGGCCCUUACAAAGCAGAGUUACAGAGUCCAGUGUUACUAUGGGAGCCAUUUCAUCAAGUCGUUGGCUUGUGCUUACGGUUUACUUACCUUAUACCUGUUAAAUCAAAGUCAACUAUAAAAGUUCUACUUCGAGAGCCAAGGAAAGAGGAGCCGAUUUUAGCAUGGCAGCUUAGUGGAUACCAUGGUACAAAAUGGUCAGUGGCUGAGGUGUCUUUGCCCGGCGCUACUGCAGUUCAGGUCAGUAAAUUAUGACGAUGAAAUUUAUUCGAUUGAAUUCUUCAUUUAUUUCUAAAGUUCAUAUUUUAUUUUUUUUUAAUGAAUCUUUGAUAUUUGCUAUGACAGGUGAUGAUACGUACUUCAUGAAUCUUUUUGUCUAGAUUAUAUUUGAGGGAGAGGGCUUUCUUCAUAACCAAGUAAAUGCAGCAAUCAAGAACGUGAUUGUAACUACCGAGAAAUGUGGCUUGCUACCAUACUUUGCAAAACCAGGUUAUAUUUGCCGCUUUUCUUUUUUCUACUGUUUUUUUUGAGUUGCUGGUUUUGAGCAUGACAAGAUUGUGUAAACCUUUAACAAAAAAAAAGCAAUUAUCAAUGACAUCACUGAUUCUUUCAAUUCACAUAAAAUAAAAGGCUAUAUUAAGUUUUCAUGCAUCUCAUGGAUGAUAAAGAGAAAAGAAAGGAAAAAAUCGUAUGUUUUCUUAGCUUUUAUUAAUCGCAUUGGAUUUUCAGGUUUUAGUUGCGGGAAUAAACAGUUUCAAUGCAAGAAUGGCGAAUGUGUCAAGAAAAAUUUGCGAUGUGAUGGCGACUUUGCUUGUACCGAUGAUUCAGAUGAAGAUAAUUGUGAAUGUCCCUCGAAUAAGUUCGCUUGCCUGGAUGGAAAAUGUCUUCCAGCAUCAGCUGUAUGUAACGGUAUAAAUGACUGCUCUAAUGGAGAUGAUGAAAAUAACUGCCGUAAGUAAAUGUGCCUUUGCCAUCCACUUUUUGAGUCUUGAUUUAAUUAGAGUGAAACUCGCUAUUUGCCCUUCCCAUCAAUGUAUGCUGAGUUGCAUUUCCAAAAAGUUUGGAAUUACUGCUUUUUAGGGAAUAAGUGCCCCUUUAAGCAUCACUGUCUUGAUGGAUCAUGCAUUGCUUGGUCAGAGACCUGUAUUCGAGAGCCUUUCUGCAAGGAUGGAACUAACACUCCAUCAGUUUGCGGUAAGUAAGGCAUAGAAAACUUCUUAACCAACAAGGUUAAUUUUUUUGAAAUAACUCGUUCUUGCAUCGAAAGCCUGAGAUUUCAGGCCUCUGUUAUGGUCUCGUCGUAAUCCAUUUAUGGAUGAAAGAUCGCAAAAUAAGCUACGUGAGUUGAAAAUGGACAUGAUCAUAAGGUGUUAGAAAUAAAAGCUGCGUCUUCGUAAAAUUAUGGUUAUUAUCUUCUAGUCUACUAGCGUAAUGAACGACAGCGAUGUUUCUGAAAUUUUCUAACUGCGAGAGGCGUCCAGUAUGUAAAUUUUUGUCUUGAUCAAAUUCUUAUGAACUAGUGAAGACAAAUAAGUAUCUACUGGGGAGGGAAGCUUUCGUUUACGUGGAUAAUUGAUCCCGUCGUUGGCGGAAUUAAUCUUUGGAGCGUGACAGUGAAGUAAGUAGCAUGUUUGAUGGAGUCGAUAAUUUGCAUUGCAGGAUCUGGGAAAUGCCGCCUUAACGACUUAGCGUGUUCAUCCAAAGAUUCCAAAGGACCAAUUAGAUGUAAAUCUUUCAGAAGUAAGUCCAUGGCUCUAUUAAAGCCUCUAAAUAAACUCAAAUUUAGCGCAGAGAGAAGAAUAAUGCAAGUUGUAAGACACAUGCGUCAGCGGUGGCUUGUCACCGUUGCGUUAGGGGAACGAAGAUAGAGGGAAGAUUGAUAAAUUUCUGAUGUUAUUUAUCAUGAGUCAUAAUAAUCCAUUAGACAUCUCCUAACUGCUGUCAUUUCAAAUAGGGUUUUGCAAUUUCGAAAAUGACUUGUGCCAGCUUAAUCCGGAUAUGAACGCCACUUUCCAGUGGAUAACAGGUGCAGGUGAAACACCAACGGAGAAGACUGGGCCAAGUUAUGAUCAUAGCACUUUAAGCAAAGACGGUAAGAGGUGAAAUGAAAUGUUUCUCUUACGUAGGAAAACAAAUAAUAUCAGUCGGGUUAACAUACAGUGCAUCUUACUUAAAAUCCUUACCUAACUUAAUUUGCAUGGUGCAGUGCGCCAAGUUAGUACGACGGCUUAUUCUCCUUGAGACGUUUUUGUUGGAAAAGUUCGGUCUUAUAUUUGUUUGGUGCCGUGGUACCGCUGAAUAAUAAUAUCAACGUAAAAUCGUGAAAUGGCGUCACGACAAGCUUUUUAUUAUCACGUGUACAAAUUUGCUUUCUGGUCACUCAAACUUUCUUCGGUGCUCUCACAAAAAGGGAAUUUGGCAUAACUUACACAAAGAGAGUAAUGAAGAACAUUUGUUACUUCAUAGGGUCGUAUAUCUAUAUCGAAGCUUCUCCGCAACGCCCUGGGGACGUGGCAAGGUUGUUAAGCGAAUGGAUGGAACCCAACCAAUCAGCUUGUGUUCAGUUUUGGUAUCAUAUGUACGGCUCAGAUAUCGGUAAUCUGAGCUUUUAUCUGAGGACUGAUCAAUCGGAGACAUUGGUUUGGAGAUUGUCAAGCGAUCAAGGGGAUCGCUGGAAGUUUGGUCAAUUUCCUCUGAUCAGUGAAAGGGCUCAUAGGGUAAAUAACGCUUAGCUAUCAAACUGCCGUACCUUCGUUUGAAACGUGAAUCUUUAUCUUUAUUUUUUUGGCUGGAACUGUUCUCAUUUUCUGAAAAUCUAAUUGAAAAAGCAGUUGCCAAAGUAUGCACAUAAAUGAAUAUUGAUCAGAAUAUUUGAAGACGGGUAAAAUUUAUUCCCUGAUCUUGGCUUGGUGGUGAGCUGUUCUUAGUAAUUCUCUCUCUCGCUCUUUUUUUACUUACUUUGAGUUAUAUGGAGAUUAAAAACGUUGAUGAGAAUGUUUUCACAAAUCAUAUUUUUUUUAUGCUGUUUGCAAAGUUUGUCAUAGAAGGAACGACUGGUGAUGGAAGUGAAGGUGACAUUGCGAUAGACGAUAUGUCUGUGCUGGAUGGAGACUGUAAAAAGAUUAUUGCACAAGGUAUGGAUAAAAACACACAGGGGGAAAGCAAAGCAAUGGUUUAUUUACAGAAAAGACAUUGCUUGGCAUAAUUUUCAUCGCCGCUACAGUUUUUUUUACACCUAAAAUAUUUCGAGGCAGCCUCUUUAAUGAUCUAUUAAUAAAAUUUACAAAAAUUGCGGAGCGUGCAGCGUACUUAGCGUAGCCCCAUACCUCAGCAAAUUUGGUAACCUGUUCCGCUAGACAAUUUUGGUCGUAACGCGAUGUUCGUCGUCCGUCUGUCUGUAUUCUCAUUCACCCAAAAAGAUAAACCAUUCUUUGCAUAAGCGAACAGCUGCACUUUAAACAAGGGCAAAUGGCAAUUUACGAAUAGACGUGAAAGUCGAUGAAGUUAUGUGCUUGCGUGAGUCUAUGACCAAGUCGCAGACCAAGGGUGCUAAAUGUGGAUGUAACUUUAUGGAGUGCAAAAACUCAAGGUCUGCCUUGUAGCGUAGUGUAAGCACAAGUUAGACCUAUUGCGUAUCGGAAAUCUUCGUAAGAGAGUAGUCUUAGAUUAACAAACUUUGCUGUUUCAAUGCAACAUCGACCGAACCAAUUUAGCUCUAGAUAUAUUACCGUCCACUCACGAGGGUUUAUUUAAAAUUGAAGGCGUUUUCGUGCGACAUAAAUUUGUUAACAGCUGAUUAUGGCACAGACUUUGUUGUCAAGUAUACGCACCGAACUCAACCCAUUUUAGUUUUGAAAGACACCUGGCCCUAAAAAAAAAAACGGUGUCAGCCAAACGCAUAGAGAAAAAACCACCGGAGGGUUUGAUUGAUGGUAGGAAGCUACUAAACUUAACCACUAAAUUCCAUUCGUUCUUAUGAGAUAGAAUUUAUGAAUUCGAUAAAAAAGGUUUCUAUCAUUUUCUUUCAAUCUUUAGAUAGUCCAGACUGCAGUUUUAGAGAGGAUACGUGUGAUUGGGAGACUCGGGAAGGAUGGACUCUCUCUAAACACUCACCUGAUCCAGAUUUAAAAAACUACGGUAGGAGUUUGUCAUCAAAUUCGAGACUUUUCAUUCAAUUUUUGUAGGCUGAGAAGCUGUAGUGAGGUUUAUAUUGAUUGAGGCCUUGAGCUACUGUAUAUCUCUUUUAUUACAAGCUUUUGCCGAUCCAAGUAAGGCAUCGAUGCCGUAGAUCGGCAAAAGCUUGGAAUAAAAAAUAAAUUUAGUGACUCAAUGCCUCAAUCGAAUCAUUCAUUAAAUCGACAUGAUACUGAUGGACAACUUCAAACUGUCUACCCAAAUAUUUUUAGAGUAGAAAUAACACAAUAUGACAUAUUUAUUGAUUAAUUAGACACUGGGCAAUCCACAUUGGACAUACUUACUGGCAAGAUACCUGAGCGGCUGAAAGACAGACUUGCUCACAGACUGACUAAAUGACAGACGAACUGAACCAGUGACGGACUGUUGACCGAUUAACAGACAUCAGCACUAAACAUAUUGAAAAUGUCUCACAUGUGAAAUCGCUGUUAACCUCUUUCAGGCCAUAAUCAAAUAGCUGCAUUUUAUUUCUUACGUCACUGUUAGGUCCAGGGGUAUCAUUUAUUUUUCUCCGCGCCGGAGCAUCUGAAGUGCCUUAUACACUCUCUUCCCCAAUUAUAAACACUAACGAAUGGAAGUGCUUACGCUUAUGGUAUUUCAUUGGUGCCACAAACUUGUACAAAACGUCGUUACAGGUGUUUCUUCAGUCGUUAAUAUCGAACCUAUCCACACUGCUCUUCUUUGUGGAUGAAAUGGCAAGUGCGACAAAUUAUACUCAGAUACCGUUGCCAGGCAAUUACAGCAAAGCAAAGGUACAAAAAUGUAAUUCUUGUUGGUAUACUUGUGAGGAGAAAUUUUUGCUGACUCCAUGUAUACAAGUUCACUUUUUUCUAUUACAAGCAUCUUUUAUCAAUUGUUGCAGACUGAAUAAUGUCUUGUAAAGUACACUCCCCUUGCAUAAAUGUUGUAAGAAAUUCCGACACUUGUGAAGUAUGAACGUUUUCUUUCAACACAAUACAGCUUAAAUUCUUUGGUAUUUAUGAAGAGUUUGGGGACCAAAUUCUGGCCAUUGAACAAGUUUCCUUUUCUAAAGAGCCUUGUGACCCAAUUUCUUGGCGACAAAAUGGUGAGUUUACAUGUUUAAGACUUGAAAACUAGGUUUUGUAAAUUUUGUUUAAUUCUGGGCGCAGACUACCUAAGGGACGACUCGUUUAUUACACAAAACUCUAUACUAAUAGCUUUAAAUUAAUUUAGUUUUAAAAUUCGUUAAACUGUGUAUCUUACUUUACAAAAUCGCACCCCUCUGACGGAAACUUUUAUUCGAAGGGAAUGCCUGUUCGUCAAGUUAGCACUAAAUCAUACACUUAUCUGUACAUGUAAUGUUUUUAAGUGUCGUAACAUUUAAAUCUAUGAGUAAUUAAUGUCAUAAAACCUCUAGAUAUUAACGAGCCCCUUGGAAUGCAAAAUGGUGAAAUAGUAGACACGCAGAUCAGUUCUUCAUCAUCAAUAGACGAGGCUCAUGCUGCCAGUCGAGGCCGUCUACACUUAAACGCAACUUCAGGAAAGGCAGGCGCUUGGUCCGCCGGCAGAAAUGACAAUAGCCAGUGGCUCCAAGUUGAUCUGCGUAAUAAUAACGUCAGAGUCACGGGUGUUGCGACACAAGGGAGAAACGGACGCUACGCCCAGUGGGUAACGAAUUAUAAGUUACAGUACAGCAACGACGGGGUAAACUUCCAGUUCUACAAGAAACCUGAACAUACCGCUCUUGAGGUGUGUACGAAAUCUAUUCAGCUGCCCACUUUUAAUGUUCUUUAUUCAUUUUUUAAAAAUGAUAUCAACCAACUCGUUUAAUUGCUUUUUUGCCAAACAAUAGCUCUAUCAACUCUUAGAAGUGUUUUAAGCAUGAACAUGGUAAGUCUUAACAUGCUUGAUUCAACUAUCAGCAUCAAUGACAAUGAGACGAUCAACUAUCAGCAUCAAUGACAAUGAGACGACAUAUUUAAGAAACUGAAUGUGCGUAAUCUUUGUGACUUAACACUCUUAGUUAUCAUAUGCUGACUUUGUGUCAAGAAUAAAUUUCAAUACAAUUAGUGGUUUAAAGAGUCACUAUUUUGCUAAUAUAGGAUUUCACUGGAAACAAAGACCAGGAUUCUGUUGUUUAUCAUGAACUAAAGUUACCUAUUAGAGCACGAUUCAUUCGCCUUCAACCAGAGGCUUGGCAUAGGCAGAUAUCAAUGAGAGUUGAGUUGUAUGGUCAUCAGAAAGGUAUGUUAAUUAAAAGCGUGUGAUUUUAUCUUCAAAUUAAAAAAUGUGAAACUCUUAUUGUGGAACCAGUAUAUCCUCAAAAGAAAACCAAAAUAAACAAAACAAAAAGGCAUAACAUUCCGAAAAAGAAUAAAUUAUAGAGGUUCACCAUGAAUUUGAUUUUGAUAAGCAAAACGAUGUGUCACCUCCAUUCUCAAAUAGAAUGCCAGAAAGCUCUGGGUAUGGAAGACAAUGGAAUCUCCGAUGGGCAAAUUCGUGCCUCUUCCAGCUGGGAUGGCAACUCUGUCGCUAGCCGUGGGAGAUUAUCAAUUAAAGCAUCUGGUCGCAUGAGAGGAAGCUGGACGGCUUCUGCAAAGAAUUCACAUCAAUGGCUUCAGAUUGAUCUUGGAACCAACGAUAAUAUAGUUACAGGGGUAGCUACUCAAGGAAGGCAAGAUACCGACCAAUGGGUUACCAGUUACAAGCUUCAAUAUGGUAAUGAUGGAUUUAAUUUUCAAUACUACAAGGAUCAAGGUGAGGACAAGGUGAGCAAAAAUUAUAUUGAUUUAGGGAAACCUCCAUGAACAUCGAAAGUUGUAAAAUAGGAUCUGGAUUAAAAAGGAAAUUCUUAGCUGUCAAACUAAGUCAUAAGUUUCAGGCAUUACUUACAGUUUGACAACUUUGGUAAAGUUAGUGUAACUUUCAUGCAAGCUGACUUUAAGACCUAAGGGAUCAACGGGAAACACACAACAAUUUGAAUACACGAUUAGCCUCCAUUUGAAUUCUUGCUUGUCGUGAGCACAAGAAAAUAUGGACUAUGCUGGUCUAAUGUCAAAAGCAGCGUUUGGCUGCGAAAACGUUUUCUGAAUAAAUGAGUCUUGUUAGCGUCGACCUGAUGGUAUCAGACUUUGCAAAGCGAAAUUUUCAGUUUUUGAUUUCAAAGAAAUGAUAAUAAUGAUAUUGAUGAUAAUGGUGAUAAUAAUAAAUAGAAAAACACGCUGUAUUAGCUCGAUCACAUAAACAAAGAUUAAUGAAGUGCGAACACACCAUGAAAAAUGAGGAUAAGGUGGUUUUUACGUGGAGGACAAUAUUUAUCCGUAUCUCUUCGAGCUCACAUGAGUUUAGGUUAGUUUUUCAAACUAUUGUUCAAUUUCACAGGAACUGCUAUCUUUAUACCUAUAUAGGAUUUUUCAGGAAACAGAGACCGUGAUACGGUUGUUUUUCAUGAAUUAAAACCGCCCAUCAGUGCCCGCUUCGUUCGUUUUCUCCCAGAGGCUUGGCAAAACCACAUAUCAAUGAGGGUAGAACUGUAUGGCUGUCUUGAUGGUAAGGACAUUUCCAUAUAUCUUAACUGUGUACUGAGUUAUUUAGCCUUUUGCAGAUCGUGAUUUUGCCAGGGUUCUUACAAGACCUUACCCUUUAUUCUUCGCUUUCAUAAUAUUUUUAAGGCCUCUGUCAUACAUACUAUUUUAUGGGUCGUUUUUAAACUAAUUUUUGUAAAUUUUUUGGUAUACCAUCAGAAUGUCAGGAAGCUCUUGGUAUGAAAAAUGGUGCAAUUCCCGAUAGACAAAUAAGCGCCUCUUCAAAUUAUCAUGCGGCUUGGCAGGGUAGACUGGAUUAUAAAGGGACAUGGAAAACAGGGUCGUGGUCAUCACGACGUAAUGAUAUACAUCAAUGGCUCCAGAUUGAUCUGUAUAGUCCAUACAUGAAAGUUACAGGAAUUGCCACACAAGGUAGAAAUGGUGUCAAUCAAUGGGUGACACGGUAUACAUUGUGGUACAGCAACGAUGGUAGGAAUUUCCAACCCCACAAGGAAGCUGGAGAACGGACGGAAAAGGUGAAUAUUACGUUGUACUCUUUGAAUACAUAUCAAUCAAGAAAGUUUAAGCAUUAGAAAGUGACUGUUUUUUACUGCAAAAGCUUUUUAGUGUUUGGAGCGUGAUAUCGUAUCGGGAUUAAAAGCUGUAUUUCAUUAUUCUGAUGUUUUGACCCUAUACGCAAGCUAGAACCAUGGCCAAUCAGGUUACAGUUAAAUUGAAACCAUCCAGUUAAGUAGUAAGGUGCAAUCUUUUGGUUAUAAGGAUUUUGGUACCAUGCAAUUUUCAAAAAAUUACCCGUGUCUGAUUGCAAGGGGAAUCUGGAUCCUGGUACCAACCAGAUCCUCCGCUGCAAUUUUUCCCAAAUGACCCAAAUGGGAUACACCAAAAUUCACGGUUCACAACAGCUACAGACUAGGUUAACAAAGGAGAUUUUAAAUGGCAGCUUACCUAGAUAGUUUUGGACACCUUCAAAUUCGAAAAUGUUGCAACCUUAGAAAGUCUAUCAAAGCUGAAGAGGAGGGCUGUUACAUAACUCUUCAAAUAUGUUUUAAUUGAGGAGAUUAAUUUUAAUGGUACCUGGAGCAUUUUUAAAAUUAUGGUUUACUGCCUUUCCAUUCAGAAUUUUGAUGGAAACAGAGACCGGGAUACAAUUGUUUAUAAUAGAAUCAACCCACCAGUCAAAGCUCGCUAUAUCCAGAUUAGACCACAGGCCUGGUACCGUCACAUUUCUAUGAGGACAGAGCUUUACGGUUGUCUGGAAGAUGUCAGUGGGGGUAAGGAAUGUAUUAACAUUUAAAGCUAUCAGGUGUGUAGAGGAUUUUUAAAUUGUUGCGUACUGAAAUUGCCUCUCGAGUUGUUUCUUGUCCUUAGUUGAUGCGCUCCGAUUAUAAUUUGCUUAAACCUCCUUAUGUUGCAAACAAAGUUAUUGGAAAAUAAGGUUAUUUGGUUUGAUCAACUGAGUUGACAUUGUAGAGAAGGUAAACAGCAUAAUAUUCAAUUUGGCUUUUCUAUUUAAAGUGGAGAAUCCUACAUGUAGAUUAGAAGGAAACAAGUAAGGAAGAGAUCAAAACUCUUCGCGUAUAUCUUAACCUUCAUUCAAGCCCCUUAGACCAUGGAUUUUCUUCCCGUAGUAUCCAUCAACAUAUCAGACUGUCAACAAGCUCUUGGCAUGGAAAAUGGUGCAAUCGCUGAUGCACAAAUCACAGCCUUUUCUAUCUGGAACGAUCACCUUGCUGCGUCUCAAGCCAGACUGGAGUUUAAAGCAAAUAGGAAGAAAUCUGGAGCUUGGUCAGCUAGCAGAAACGAUGUUCAACAAUGGCUUCAGGUGGAUCUAGGUAGUCAGCACGCCAAAGUUACGCGUGUAGGAACACAGGGGAGAGAUGAAAAUAGCCAAUGGGUAAUCAAAUACAAGCUGCAGUCUGGUAAUGAUGAAGCUGAACUUCAGUUUUAUAAGGAAAGAGGAACAAAUAUAGACAAGGUUAAAUAAUUUAAUGUAUUGGAACAAUUCUCUUUAAUUUAAAAAACAAUCGGGCAGCCUACUUGUUGGUUUGCCUCCUUACAUAUUACAAUAUUCAUUCGUUAUUACCUAAUUCAAAAUUUCUAUUUAUUCCCUAUAGCAAACCGCAUAAAUAAUGAUAAUGCAAUGUAACUCAAAAAUUUAUGAACAACGACAAGGUUUCAUUUCGUAAACAGCAUAAAAUUAAAAGACGACAAAACUUCGAGACAGAUAUUGGGGAAACAAAAAUCGUUCAUAUGUUUAAAUGACCUCCUAUCAAGUCGCAGACUCAAACUAACCCUAACUAACUAACCCUAAACCCUAAGCAAAGUAUGUUUAGAGGAACAUAUCAUAUCCUCGGGUUAUUAAGACUUUUCCAAUUCUCUCCCCCAGGAGUUUGAUGGUAACUCAGAUAGAAGCACUAUCGUUUUCCAUGAACUAGAGCCACCCAUAAAAGCACGCUUUGUUCGCUUUCGACCUCAAGAUUGGUUUAACCACGUGUCAAUGAGGAUAGAGCUUUACGGCUGUCGAGGUAAGAAUGGAAGACAAGGUUCCUAACUAUUAAACGAAACAAUUCAAUCGAUAUGCAUUAUGCUGACGAUAAAUGAAACCCAGUAUUGAUUAUCAACCCGACUUCAUCGUGCAUCAUUUGAUUAUGGAGAAGAAAGUUAUGUGCAUUGCUUUCAUUCACUAUCGAGAUACAAUCGACUUCGUAUCAUUUUGUAGUACAAUUUAAUCAUGUACCGUGAUCUACUGAAAAUAAUAAUUUUACUUUUGCUCAAAUAUUUCGUUAAACGUUUAGAAUGUCAGGAACCUCUCGGUUUGGGAAAUAGUUCAAUAACAGACGGGCAAUUAAGUUCUUCUUCUCAACUGGACGAUGCUCAUACUGCAAUGCAGGGGAGACUUAACUCUAACGCAACCGGAGGUUCAGGAGGAUCUUGGUCAGCUGGUAAUAACAAUUCCAGUCAAUGGCUUCAGAUCGACCUUCUUGAUCAAAGUAAUAAUGUGACCCGUGUGGCUACUCAAGGAAGACAUGAUGCCAGCCAGUGGGUAACGAAGUACAGACUGCAAUACAGUGAAGAUGGUAAAAUCUUCCAUUUUUAUCGGGAACCAGGAGAUACAGCAGGGAAGGUGAUUAGACUUUGUUUGCUUGUUUUUUUUUGUUUUUAGAAAAAAGAUCAGGAAACAUAAAAAAAUGUGAUUUUUUUACUUAUCUUGCCCUUACACUUGCAAGCAAGGGGUACAAUCUUGUUGGCACCACCUUAUACACAAUUAAGCCUGACACAGUGGGGAGAUUUUUUAUCACUCUUCUUUUUUCAGGUUUUUGAUGGAAACGAAGACCAGAAUUCUAUUGCUUAUAAUGAACUUGACCCACCCAUCACAGCACGUUUUAUCCGCUUUCAACCAGUGUCUUGGUAUGGCCAUAUAUCUAUGCGAGUAGAGCUGUAUGGCUGUCAAGGUACUGAAAGAAUAACAUUGUAA